AUGAGGUUAUCUCAUUUAAAUUCUGAAAGUAUCUGCUCUGAUGCAACAUGGGCAUUCAAUUCUGGUAAUCUGAAGCUGGGUUGGGUGAGGCUAACACCUUCCAGAUAUGCUGAGCUGAAUUUCCCAGACAAUAAGGAAAUUGAUGUCAUCGGACAUUCUCGUUCUCUGGAGAUCCCCAUCUACUGUUCCCUCCUCUUUUUCAGUGCAAAGCAGCUGGUGCGAGGUGAACCCAAUGUUUCCUACAUCUGUUCUCGCUAUUACCGUGCGCCUGAGCUCAUUUUUGGAGCCACUGAUUACACUUCAAACAUAGAUAUCUGGUCUGCAGGCUGUGUGCUGGCCGAGCUGCUCCUGGGGCAGCCCAUCUUCCCUGGGGAUAGUGGAGUGGAUCAACUAGUGGAGAUCAUCAAGUGCAUGAUGUUUGGAACGCUGACACCGUUCCAAAUCUGGUGUAGGCGUGACCAUGUCUCUUGCUCGUCCCCGCUGCAGGUGUUUAAGCCUCGCACGCCGCUGGAGGCCAUCUCGCUGUGCAGUCGCCUGCUUGAGUACACUCCCGCCACUCGCCUCUCCCCCCUGGAGGCCUGUGCCAACAGUUUCUUUGACGAGCUGCGUGAGCCCAACGCUCGGUUGGCCAACGGCCGCGACUUGCCCCCGCUGUUCAACUUCAGCCCUGUGGAGCUCUCCAUCCAGCCAGGGUUGAAUUCCAACCUCAUUCCACCGCACAUCCGGUCCCAGGCGAGCUCAGUUGGGACUGUGUCUGGCUCUGGAACCUCGCACAGUGAGGGAAGAAUGAACACUGACAGGAGCCAGGUCACACCAGGAGACGGCGCAGGACCCAUUGCCAAUACGUCCUGAGGGGUCGCUGGGCCC